CAGACUGAGGACAGGAGGACAGACUGAGGACAGGAGGACAGACUGAGGACAGACUGAAGACAGUCUAUCAUGGCGUCAAAGUGUCCAAAAUGCGACAAGACGGUGUAUUUCGCGGAGAAAGUGUCAUCUUUAGGAAAAGACUGGCACAAGUUCUGUCUGAAAUGUGAGCGCUGCAGCAAGAUGCUGAACCCCGGAGGCCACGCGGAGCAUGAAGGGAAACCUUACUGCCACAAGCCGUGCUACGCCGCCCUCUUUGGACCUAAAGGAGUGAACAUCGGCGGAGCUGGCUCCUACUUGUACGACUCUCCUGUCAACGAAGCCCCUGCAGCUGUUUCCAUGGAGACGAAUGCUAAACCAGAGGAGAAGAAAGCCCCCGCACGGGGACCAGUGAAGGCUGCCAGCUUCUCAUCUUUCUCUGGAGGACCCAACAUCUGCCCCAGGUGCAACAAGACGGUGUAUUUUGCUGAGAAGGUGUCGUCUCUGGGGAAGAACUGGCACCGGCCGUGCCUUCGCUGCGAGCGAUGCAGUAAGACUCUGGCUCCGGGCAGCCACGCCGAGCAUGACGGACAGCCGUACUGCCACAAGCCCUGCUACGCCGUGCUGUUCGGACCCAAAGGUGUGAACACCGGAGGAGUUGGCAGCUACAUCUACGAUGACCCUGAAGCCGAGGCGCAGCCCUAAACUCAGCCGGACC